GGGGGGGGAGGGGGCCGGGCCCGGCUGAGGGGAGGCGGGAGCCCGAGCGCGAGACGCAGCCAGCGCGAGGCCCCGGCAGCGGCGGGCAGCGGCCCUCCCUGAGCGUAGCUGAGCUGCAUGAAAUAUGGGCGACGACAGACCCUUCGUGUGCAACGCCCCCGGCUGCGGCCAGAGGUUUACAAACGAGGACCACCUGGCAGUUCAUAAACACAAACAUGAGAUGACAUUGAAAUUCGGCCCGGCGCGCACCGACUCGGUCAUCAUGGCAGAUCAGACCCCGACGCCGACUCGGUUCCUGAAGAACUGCGAGGAGGUGGGGCUGUUCAACGAGCUGGCGAGCUCCUUCGAGCACGAGUUCAAGAAAGCCUCCGAGGAUGAGGAGAAAAAGAGCAACGCAGCCCUGGACAUGUCGCUGCCCUCCACCCCAGACAUCAAAAUAAAGGAGGAGGAGCCGGUGGAGGUGGAUUCGUCCCCCCCUGACAGCCCUGCCUCCAACCCACGGUCACCGCAGAGCAAGGAGAAGGAGAUCGCUCCCAAGCCUGUGAUCAUUUCCACACCAACACCAACCAUCGUGCGCCCCGGAUCGCUGCCCCUGCACCUGGGCUACGACCCCCUGCACCCCACGCUGCCUUCCCCAACCUCUGUCAUCACCCAGGCCCCGCCAUCCAACAGGCAGCUCGGGUCACCCACAGGUUCCCUUCCGCUCGUCGUGCAGCUGCCAAACGGGCAGACCAUGCCUGUCCUGCCCGGCCCCCCCAUGCAGAUGCCGUCUGUGAUAUCGCUGGCACGGCCCGUGUCCAUCGUGCCCAACAUUCCCGGCAUUCCCGGGCCGCCCAUCAGCAGCAGUGGCUCCGUUUCCCCGUCGGGUCUCCCUGUGCACUCAGAAGCCAAAAUGAGGCUGAAGGCCAGCUUGACAGCGUCUUCCUCGCUGAACGGCAGCGGCCUGGUGGUGGGCUCAGCCAGCACGAUGGUGACGGCGCGCCCAGAGCAGAGCCAGAUCCUCAUCCAGCACCCCGACGCUCCAUCGCCAGCUCAGCCUCAGGUUUCCCCUGCACAACCCACUCCCAGCACCGGCGGUCGGCGGAGGCGGACGGUGGAUGAGGAUCCCGAUGAGCGCCGGCAGCGGUUCCUGGAGAGGAACAGAGCUGCUGCCUCGCGCUGCCGGCAGAAACGCAAGCUGUGGGUGUCUUCCUUAGAGAAGAAAGCCGAGGAGCUCACAACCCAGAACAUCCAGCUGAGCAACGAGGUGACGCUGCUGAGGAAUGAGGUGGCUCAGCUGAAGCAGCUGCUGCUGGCUCACAAGGAUUGCCCCGUCACCGCGCUGCAGAAGAAGACCCAGGGCUAUCUUGAAAGCCCCAAGGAGAGCUCGGAGCCCACCGGCUCCCCCGCGCCCGUCAUCCAGCACAGCUCCGUCACCGCGUCCCCCAACGGCCUCAGCGUCCGCUCGGCGGCCGAAGCCGUGGCCACGUCGGUGCUGACGCAGAUGGCGAACCAAAGGACAGAGCUGGCCCUGCAGCCACACGUCAUCAUGGCCCCACAGUCGCAGUCUGCCGGCAGAUGAUGCUCGUGGCCCCGCAGGACUGAGCGCGGCCGCCUCCCCCCCCCUUUUCCCCCUCCCCCCCACCGCGGGACGGCGCGGAUUUGGGCUUUGGUUUUCUUUGCUUUGAGCGAACUGUGGCGGCUGUGGGGGUUUCCGAAGCUGCACCGCGGCCCCCCGGCCCCGCAUGCGACACCCGAAGGCGCACGGCCGCACUUUGUGAGCCGACCUGCAGACGUUUUGCUUUCGGCUCCCGUGAACACUAAAGCUCCGCUCCCAGCAAAGUAAAGCCCCGGGGGGGAGGGAGGGGGAAGGACGCGAGGUUUCAUUGCCGCCGCCCGGCGCUGUUUGAGGCGGAGCAGAGCUGCUGCUGAAGGGAUGGAGCUCGGGCUCCUCGCCGGGGACGGAUUUCGGAGCUCAGAAGCGCGCCGGGAUCCCCGUUGCGAUGUCUGUGGGUUUCCUGCAGGGCGAACCCGGCGCUCCUCAUCGCUCCCAGCCCCGAGGAUCGCGACGACCUCGCGUUGGUGGCCUUAAAUCCCGCAUCGUUGCCUCUUCCGAGGUGGGGAGGGGGGUGGGAGCACGGGGAGGGGGGGGGAUGCCGCUGCUUUGCCCUGACCUUUCCCUCUCCAUCCCGGUCGCGUUCUGCUCUUCUGACCCGGGGCUGAGCGGAGAGGAGCCGACCCAGCACCGAGAGCUACGGGUGCCCUUCCAAGGCUCAUUGUGCGAGCAUUGGGGAUGCAGUCGGUAUUUUGGAAGCAAAGGGCUCCUCUGGGACCCCCCCCCCCCCCAAACACACACAGCUCUGUGCCCCCCGCCCCCCCCCAGCUCCCCUCAGGUCGCACUUUGCCACUUUGGAGCUGAGUUCGGUGCUCAGCGCCGCUCCUUCGGGGCAGCAGAACCCGAAGCGCUGUUGGGUUGUUUUCCCAUUGAUGAGCAGCUCUGUGCUUCCCUUCCAACCCAUUUUUUCCCCCUGCUCCCACUUCCCAGAUCGGUUGAGGGCCGCGCUGCGCUGACGGCGGCUCAGCAGCUCCUCCAAGCUGCGAAACGCGAUGAGAACGCAGGAACUGAUGGAGGAAAGCAGUCGGAGCUGCUUCGCUUUCCCCAUAGCCGGAGCAGCAGCCGCCCCGACCCCGCGGUGCCCCCCGGGACCCCCAGUGCCACGGCUCUGCCCCGGAGCUCUGCAGGGCGGCACAGCUGAGAUCUCAGUGGCUCCGGCUUCACUUCACGACCCCCGAAAGAGAUUUUCCAGCUCCCAACCCGACCCCCGUGUCCUCGUGGCAGCGCUGUCACUGCCUCACCCCAUAGGGGACCCCGCUGCCCGGACCCCAACCCAAAUCCCUCCCCGUCUCCACGUGCCUUGAGCGGACCCCAGCCCUCCGGGCACCCACAAAUGGGUGCGUUGAAUAAAGCCGGGCAUCUCCCCCCAUCCAGGGGGGCGCAGCGUCCCAAAGCCAUAAAUUGGGGGCUCUGUGGCGCUCCGGGUCGGGUCCCC